AUUUAACCCAAAGAUUUUGGUAGUGUAAUGUAUCCCAUAAUAUAAGGGAGAAAACUCUUACCCGGAAGUCAAGUUGCAAAAUGGCGUCGGUGUCAGAACCCCUACAUUUGGAUAAAGAUAUAAAGAGAGCCAUUGAACUAUUGGAGGUCCUUCAGAAAAAUAGCAGUGUAAACCCUCAGAAAUUGGUUGCUCUCCAGAGAGUUUUGCAGAGUGAUUUUCUCAAUGCUGUCCGUGAGGUGUAUGAAAGUGUGUACGACACGGUUGAUAUUAGCGGGAAUCCUGAAGUGAGGGCCAAUGCAACAGCAAAGGCCACUGUUGCAGCUUUUGCUGCUAGCGAGGGACAUGCACAUCCCCGUGUGGUCGAGCUGCCAAAGACAGAGGAAGGUCUGGGCUUCAACGUGAUGGGAGGCAAGGAGCAGAACUCGCCAAUUUACAUCUCUCGCAUCAUCCCUGGUGGUGUGGCAGACAGAGUUGGAGGUCUCAAACGUGGUGACCAGCUUAUUUCAGUGAAUGGAGUGAGUGUGGAAGGUGAACAUCAUGAAAAGGCAGUAGAGCUUCUUAAGCAAGCACAUGGCAAGGUGCGACUGGUUGUACGCUACACGCCCCAGGUACUGGACGAGCUUGAGGCCAGAUUUGACAAGACCCGCACCUCCAAACGACGCACGCCUUAAGGACACGAAACACUCCUUUGCCAUUGUGGCAAGUUGAUAUAUCACCAUAAAACAUUUAUACAGCACCUGAACUUAUCCAUUGUAAAAUGGCCUACAGUGUGCGGUAGCUUAAACAUGUUGUAUUUUUGUCAUAAACAUAUAAUCUCAGUAAAUAAAAAAAGAAUUUUGAUUAAAUUUUUAUUUUCAUAUCGCUUUUAUUCUGUUUAUGUAUUUAUAGUAUUGGCUUCUUAAUAUACAAUUAACAUGCAUGGUAAGACUUAUCAGUUCCAAUGCAGCUAAUUAUAAAUUGUUUAUUAAAAUUCCUUUUAGGUUAAUGUUGUGAAUUAUUUUAUCACUGUGGCCGCAGUAACCAAAAUUUGACACAAACUUCAACUUUAAUUGUAUUUUUGUGUGACCCACUAUUUUGAAACGCAGCAUUAAGUCGAGUUACAAUAUCUCUAUGAUAUAUUAUAAUUGAAGAAAACCAGAGACAAAGCGAUAAUUAAAAAGUAUUUACUGUCAGUAGCAAAAGCAUUAUCAGCUUUACUAAGGUAUUCCAGAAAUUCUAUUUUAGUCUUUUGACGGUUGAUUGUGAACCUGGAUCAGCUUGAAAUUGAUUGUUCAUUGGCUACCCUUUCUCUGUUUGAACAAUCACAUCACAUCUGUUGGUUUGUAAAACAGAGUUGUUGCAUUAAAUAUCAUUGUGUUAGUUACCAACUUCCAAAAUGUAUUAGCAUGUUUUUGUUGUUAAAUAGCAUCUGAUUCUCAUUAUCAUUUUGUACCACAUUUUAUGCAACGUUUCAAAGAAAUCUGUUGGUUAAUCGGCAAAAGAUUUGCUAGAAACACAAUUCAAAAUAAGGUAUUAUAUAAAAUGACUACUUAUAUGUAUGCAUGGAUGUGAUGUGUCAAAUUUGUUUCCUGCAUUUAUUAUGUUACAUGUAUCUACUGUAGUGUAUAUUUAACAUUCCCAUUUUAAAAAGAAUUGUGGUAAUAUCAAUUUCUGGUUGUGGUAUCUUAUUAUUGCAACAUUUGUUUUAAUAUCUUGUAGUUUACAUGUAGAAUUUUGAAUGGACAGGUUUCACAUUCCCAAUUUAAGAGAUUAUCAAGGUGUAAUAACAUUCUGCCAAGUCCAAAACAAGGCUAGAGAUGUACAUUUGUAACUGUUCUUCAUGUAUAGUGGUAACUAUUAUCUGCAUGUAUGAAGUGGUCAUUCAACGUUUAUUACCAAUAAAUAAUUAAUUGAAUUUACUUCCAUAUAAGAAAAAUUAACUAAUACUUUGAACAUUACGAUAUAGUCAUUAAAUUAUUAAAGGGCUUCCACAUCCGUAACCUCAUUCUCAAAUUGCUUACCUAGGGGAAGAGGGGGGGGGGGGACUUUUACUGAAUGCAAUAUUGGGAAUGUGAAAAGUUUUUUGUAAUAUAAAUGUUUGUUAAUAAAAAUACAAACUAGUUUGUGUUUAAUUGUUUGAUAACAUUUGAAAAAGAUUAUAUGUUCUGACUUUUUGCUCAGUAUAACUCUGGUAUCAAGAAAUAGUAUGUGACUAAAGACUACAUAACCAUCCCUGCUUUGAAUACCUUUAAGACAUCUUAAAAUGUAUUUAAUAAUAUAUGUCUUGAUGACCUUGAUCAAAUUAAUACUUAUCCACAAAAUGCG